GGAGGGAGCGGGGCCAGCUGGGGCGCUGGUAUUAGCCCGAGUCCCCCGGGGCGCUGCCCGCUCCUCGCGCAGACUCUCCUAGGAAAUCCAAGUCCGGUGCCACCGCCUGGCACCGAGGCCCCCAGCCAGGGCUUCCCAGCGGGGGCACAGACACAGGGCUGGGGCGCCAGCGGCCACGGGACGGGGCUGAGGGCGGGAGGAGAGAGAGGGCCCAGGUUGCAGCUGAAUAACGGGGCCGAAGCGCAGACCCACGAUGGGGUCGGAAGCUUGCGAAGGGGGCGGGGAUCAGAUUUCACCCGGACUGGAGCAGCUCUGGGUGCUUGAGAGCUUCCAGGUGGGAUGGUACAAUGCACUGCUGCCUCCGACCUUCCAGCUGCCUCUGCCGGGGCCUACGCUUGCUUUUGUGGUCCUCAGCACCCCUGCUAUGUUUGACCGAGCCCUGAAGCCCUUCCUGCACAGUGCCCACCUGCAGCCUCUGAAGGACCCUGUGGACCAGUGUGUAGCCUACCAUCUCACCAAUCUUCAGAAGAGCCUUCCGGAACAGGAGAUAGACUUCAUCACCGACUAUGACAUGCACCCCAACCGACGCCCCAAAAUCCUGGCCCAGACAGCAGCCCAUGUGGCAGGGGCAGCCUACUACUACCAGCGGAAAGAUGUGGAAUCUGACCCCUGGGGAGACAAGAAAAUUGCCGGGGUGUGCAUCCACCCGCUGUACGGGGGCUGGUUUGCCAUUCGGGGCGUGCUGCUGCUUCCAGGGGUAGAGGUACCCCACCUGCCUCACCUGCCACCUCUCGACUGCGUGCCCACCCAAGAAGGCCGCAUCGCCCUGCUAGAGAGCUUCAACUUCCACUGGAGAGACUGGACUUACAGGGACGCCGUGGCCCCAGUGGAGCGCUACUCCGAAGAGCAAAAGGCCUACUUCUCAACGCCCCCUGCUCAGCGCCUAGCGAUGCUCAAGGGGCUCAGGGAGGACCCCAUGUCCUUGGAAGUCCAGCCCAAAGAGACAGUGGGCCUCAGUUGGGGAAUGGGUCUGGCUGCCCCCAGAAGAGUCCUUGCUACUGUUCCCCAGGGGACCUAGACCCUUUCCGCCUCCAUUCCCAGCUGCUAUCCACUUAUUUAUGACUAAGGCCUGGUUGUGGAAUGGAGGGCAGGAGCCAGAGGGGACAGACAGAACUUGAUUUUAAUUGAUAAGAAAAAUUCUUAUGGUACCUGUUGGGAUCAGGCCAGGAAGCGUUUCCCUGCUAGUCCUGCUCUUCCCAUGUAAAACGGUAGACAGAACCUGACCUUCCUUUCCCUACCUCCCCUCCAAGAGGGACUGAGGAAGAGCCCUGGGAAGGGGCUAAAGGGCUGGGGGGGGAGGGGGGUGUACUUGUCAGACCCCAUCCCCAACCCUGCAUUCCUGCAGCAGCUAUUUCAGGUGCUGGGGGGUCCUGGGGAUUGCUGCGCUCACUACUCCCCUCACUACUGUCCCUCUCCCCAAGCAGCCUAAUUCUCAGAAGGUAGAUUCAUGAUUGUUACCUGUGGGGAAGCUGUAGGCCAUUUACCUCGACCAGCGGCAUCUGCUAAGUCCCUGUUUCCUUGCACUUGGUCUUGGCCAAGGAUCUUGCCUGGAGAGCAGUGGUCUUCUGUGGGGCCUGGGAGAGGGCCAGGCUCUAGCUAGGCCUUCUAACAGAGGCUGUGACCUUGACCUUUCAGGCAGCAUCCUAAGGAAGAACUGCACUUAAUUCCCUUGGAGUACACUGGGGUUUCCUGAGUGUAAAAUAAAGCUGCUAAUAAUUCCUUACAGGGUUAAUGUGAAGUUCUAGAGAUAAUAUACGUGUAAUAUUAAAGAUUUGCAAAUCUUUGAAA